GAUUUGUUCUUCAUUUUAAGAGCUUCGUUUUACCUUUUUUGCGAAAGCUAUCAUAAUUUUUUUUUUUUUUCUCUUGUUCUUUGAGAGUCUUUAUUUUUGGAUUUCGGAAUUGUUUUUCUGUUUUUUUGGUUUCGGAUUUCAUUCGGUUCGCGUGUGAAUUUUUUGGUGGAUUUUUGUUUGAAUUUUCCGUUUCAUUCUUCUUCCCGAAUAUGGAGGUUUCGGUGAUUGGAAAAUGUCAGGCGAAGAUCGCAGGAGCCGAUUUUGUUGACAGGGAGGUAGGGUUUUUCAAUUCGAAAGUAGAUAGUAAGAUUCUUUUGUCGAAGAUCUGUUUCAUGAGAAGUUCGAGGUGCGAAAGGUCGAGAAUCCGAUUAUCGACGAAAUCCGUGCAGAUGGAACCAGUUCAGUCUCAAAACGUCGAUGUUGGAAGAAGAUCCAAAUCUCUUGAGGGGGUGAAAUUGUAUGUUGGAUUGCCAUUAGAUGCAGUUUCUCCCUGCAAUGCAGGUAACCAUUCAAGGGCAAUUGCAGCUGGCCUUAAGGCUUUGAAACUGCUUGGCGUAGAAGGUGUCGAGCUUCCGGUGUGGUGGGGAAUUGUCGAGAACGAAACCAUGGGGAAAUAUGAAUGGUCCGGCUAUCUCGCCCUUGCGGAGAUGGUUCGAAAUGCAGAUCUCAAACUACAUGUUUCAUUCUGCUUCCAUGCAUCUAACCAACCAAGAAUUCCUCUUCCUGAAUGGGUCUCGAAGAUCGGUGAAUCCGAACCUAACGUUUACUUCACCGAUCGUUGCAGGCAGCAAUACAAAGAUUGUCUAUCACUCUCUGUUGAUAACCUUCCUGUCCUGAAUGGGAAGACUCCGAUCCAAGUUUACCGUGAAUUUUGUGAGAGCUUCAAGUCUUCAUUCUCAAAAUUCUUCGACUGUACAAUCUCAGGUAUCUCCAUGAGUCUUGGACCCGAUGGCGAGCUUCGAUAUCCUUCCCAGCGACAACUAGAGUCACAUGGAGUCGGAGAAUUUCAGUGCUAUGAUGAAAACAUGCUUAGCAUUCUUAAGCAACACGCCGAAGCAAGCGGGAAUCCUUUAUAUGGACUUGGAGGUCCUCACGAUGCUCCGAGUUAUAACGAAACGCCAAACUCGAACAAUUUCUUCAAAGAUCUUGAUGGUUCUUGGGAGUCUCACUAUGGUGAUUUCUUCCUUUCCUGGUAUUCUGCCGAGCUAAUUGCCCAUGGCGAUCGCCUUCUCUCUCUCGCCUCCUCCGUCUUUCGCAACACGAAAGCAAGCAUUCAUGGGAAGGUUCCAUUGAUGCAUUCUUGGUACAAAACUAGAUCACACCCCAGUGAAUUAACAGCCGGCUACUACAAUACUUCCAACAGAGAUGGAUACGAGGCUGUCGCCGAAAUGUUUGCCAGGAACUCGAGCAAAAUGAUCUUACCUGGAAUGGACCUAUCAGAUCAACUUCAUCCUCAAGAAUUGCUAUCAAGCCCCGAGUCCUUAAUAGCACAAAUCAAGUCAGCUAGCAGAAAGCACGGCGUAAUAUUGUCGGGACAAAACUCAUCCAAUUCGGAAGCUCCGAGGAACUUCGAUCGGAUAAAGAAGAAUUUGGAAGGGGAGAGUGUGGAAUUGUUCACAUACCAGAGAAUGGGAGCUUACUUCUUCUCCCCAGAGCACUUCCCGUCGUUUGCUGAAUUCGUUCGAAGUGUUCAUCAACUCGAACUGCAUUCAGAUGAUCUUCCCAUCGACGGGGAAGAAGAAGACACCGCCGAGACGCCAUGUGCCAGUCCCGUGUCCGAAGCACAGAUGCAAGCGGCUUAACGGAGGUCGGAGUAUCAUAGUAAUGUAAAUAUGGAGCGCGUCGGUAAGAUCAUUGAUUAGAAACUGCCUUCUAAAAUAAUGAGAUAUUGUUAAGCCAUUUCAUGUUCGAUAUUGAGUAGCAAAAGGUGUGAAUAAGGUGAGUUCAAGGCUUGAGAAUAGUAUUUUAGAUUGAGGAUUUAUAUAUUAAACGUCCUCCAGAGAGCAGCUCUGUAUAUGCUUUAUAAGAUUCUGGUCUGGUUUGAAGCAAGAAAUACUUCAAGAUUAUCAUAGUUUCGUAUGUAAAAUUUCAGUGAUUUAAAUAAUUUCUUUUGAUUUA